GGUGGCGCAAGCGUUGCAAACAGCCGCUUAUCAUUUAAUAAACAAUUAAAUUUCCCUUAUCACGGAAUGGAGUGACGAUUUUAUCUGCGAAGAGGGGAUCGCAGGUAAAAACGCCAGUGGACACACAACUAGAGCACAGGAAGGAUGUCCAGCGGAAACGACAUUCAAUAACAGCGGAACGCGUAAUAAUGUAAAGUGCAUUCUAGUGAAAGUUUGUUAUUGCUAGUUUGGUCGAGGACACAGAAUCGACAUGGACGACAAGGACUUGGUCGUCUCCCUUAAGGACCUACCGUUCAAAGCUUCCGUCAAGUAUUUAGGAAGCCAGCCCGCCAAGGGUCUCUGGGGCAUGAAGCACACCCGCAAGCCUGUAGACUACUUAGUCAACUUGGCCAAGAACCUGCCUGCCAACCAGGUGAUCCCCAUCGUCAAGCUCGAAAUAAACCUGCAAGGCUUGUCCUUCCACAACGUCACAAACAAGAAGGAGAAAUCUCCGCCGGUGAUGUUCGGCAUCGAUUCGAUUUCGUACGGAGUCCAAGAUCUAGUGUACACCAGAGUUUUCAGCAUGGUUGUGGUGACGGGUGCGAAUUUGAACGACGGUGUGCCGUUCGUUUGCCACAGCUUCGUCUGCGAGUCGAGGAAUCAAGCCAGACAGAUCACGUAUGCGUUGGCGGCGGCCUUCCAGGAGUACGGAAGACAGUCGAAGCUCGACGAGAACGGCGGCAAGAAAAAGUUUGCUAUAGAUUUGCGGACGCCGGAGGAGCAAGCGGAAGCCUCAGACGAAGAGACUGAGGCUUAAAAUAUUCUUAUACUCUUGUAGGUAGGAGACAAUAAAACACUUAUUAUUUU